UCUGGGCUCAAUGCUUCUUGGUCUCCAGGGAUGCCCUGCCCAGUCAUGCCGCUGGCCACAGUGACUCUUCUGAGCGCCUCUCUUCUCCCUCCACUUCAUAUCCCAGCGGGCAUUCUCUUUCCUCCACUCCCUUUCUUUUAUUUUCUCUCUCACCCCCAUCCAGAGACACACAGACCCAAAUGCGCACUGGCACAUGCUCGCCGCCUGUGUCUCCUCAUCUCGUCUUUUGUCUUGGAUCUUCCCUUGUCUUUGUCCCUGAGUCUCCUUGUUCCUCUCAUCUCUCCAGGCGUUUACAUCUGUCUUUUUCCCUGAGCCUCGCUCCCUCCAUCCAUUCCUCCGCCCUCUCAUUUUUUUUCCCUGACUCCCUCCCCCCUCCUCCCUUUCUCCUUUGAUUUUCCUGAUCACUCAUCUCUCCUCCCUCCUCUUCCUCACUCUCAUGCUCCCUUUCUCGCUCUCUUGAGUGCAUGCACUUGCUUUCUCUCUCUUGCUUUUCCUCUUUCUCACCUCAGCUCCCUGGCCUUGGGCGCUGCCUACAGUCGGCGUCCCUCGCUCUUUAUGAGAAGCCUCUGUGCAGUGCCCAGGUCCUGGCGGCCCAGCUUGGAAGUUCCUGUGGCACCCCUUGAGAGGCCCUAGGGCCAUAGCGUUUCCUCCCAGGGGUGACUUGGUAGUGAUACGCCGUUUCCUCACUUCUGCAAUUGCCAGACAGCACAGAGGCUGAGGCUGGGGCCAGGACCCAGACAGAGACACACAGUUCCCGCAGCUGAAGCCGCUGCCCCUGCUACAGGAACCACCAGGACCAGCUGAUCAUUCUAGCCCACAGCAAUGGAGCCACAAGACUCCUCCCACGUGGACUCUGAGUUCCGAUACACCCUCUUCCCGAUCGUUUACAGCAUCAUCUUUGUGCUUGGGGUCAUUGCUAAUGGCUACGUGCUGUGGGUCUUUGCCCGCCUGUACCCUUCCAAGAAAUUCAAUGAGAUAAAGAUCUUCAUGGUGAACCUUACCAUGGCGGACAUGCUCUUCUUGAUCACCCUGCCACUGUGGAUUGUGUACUACCAAAACGGGGGCAACUGGAUACUCCCCAAAUUCCUGUGCAACCUGGCUGGCUGCCUCUACUUCGUCAACACCUACUGCUCUGUGGCCUUCCUGGGUGUCAUCACUUAUAACCGCUUCCAGGCAGUAACUCGCCCCAUCAAGACUGCUCAAGCCAACACCCGCAAGCGUGGCAUCUCUUUGUCUCUGGUCAUCUGGGUGGCCAUUGUGGGCGCUGCAUCCUACUUCCUCAUCCUGGACUCCACCAACACAGUGCCCAACAGUGCUGGCUCAGGAAACAUCACCCGCUGCUUUGAGCAUUACGAGAAGGGCAGCGUGCCAGUCCUCAUCAUCCACAUCUUCAUUGUGUUCAGUUUCUUCCUGGUCUUCCUCAUCAUCCUCUUCUGCAACCUGGUCAUCAUCCGUACCUUGCUCAUGCAGCCGGUGCAGCAGCAGCGCAACGCUGAAGUCAAGCGCCGGGCGUUGUGGAUGGUGUGCACGGUCUUGGCGGUGUUCAUCAUCUGCUUCGUGCCACACCACAUGGUGCAGCUGCCCUGGACCCUUGCUGAGCUGGGCUUCCAGAACAGCAAAUUCCACCAGGCUAUUAACGAUGCACAUCAGGUCACCCUCUGCCUCCUUAGCACCAACUGUGUCUUAGACCCUGUUAUCUACUGUUUCCUCACCAAGAAGUUCCGCAAGCACCUCACCGAAAAGUUCUACAGCAUGCGCAGUAGCCGGAAAUGCUCCCGGGCCACCACGGAUACGGUCACUGAAGUGGUUGUGCCAUUCAACCAGAUCCCUGCCAAUUCUCUCAAAAAUUAGUCCCUGCUUGUUGGUGCCAGGCCUGAAGUCUUCUCCUCCAUGGACAUCAUGGACUGAGCUGGGGGAAGAAGGGAUAUCUGCUGUGGUCUGGGCACCACCUCCGUGGGCACUGGUGGGCCAUUAGAUUUGGAGGCUACCUCACCUGGGCAGGGAUGAUGGCAGAGCCAGACUGUUGGAAAAUCCAAAACUCAAAUGAGUCCCUUCAUCUGCCUGUGGGUGCAUACUACAGCAACUGUGACUGAUGACCUCAUCCUGAGUCCCUUAAUCUUAUAGGGCUGGAAGGAAUAUCAGGGCCAGGUGCAGACCUUGGGGGAAGACUUUAAACCACCUAGUUCUUCCCGAUGGGGUGUCGGUCUAAAGCUUUGGGGGGCCAGGCGCAGUGGCUCUCACCUGUAAUCCCAGCACUUUGGGAGGCCGAGGUGGGCAGAUCAUGAGGUCGAGAGAUCGAGACCAUCCUGGCCAGCAUUGUAAAACCCCGUCUCUACUAAAAAAUACAAAAAUUAGCUGGGCUUGGUGGCUCAGGAGGCUGAGGCAGGAGAAUCGCUUGAACCUGGGAGGCAGAGGUUGCAGUGAGCCUAGAUUUCACCAUUGCACUCUAGCCUGGCAACAGAGAGAGAUUCCGUCUCAAAAAAA